GUUGAUGUUUCUUCUCUCCCUUUCUGUCUCAGCACAGAUUAUCGCUGGCUUCCAUGUUCACCUAAUCUCUCUCUCUCUCAUCUUUCUCUCUCUGGUUUUUCCAUCUCCAAACCUUACUUAAUUAGCUUCCAUAUAUGAUCUUCUUCUCAACUUCAACUUCGUCGUCGUCUCAAUUCGAGCAGUAGUGCUAGCUGGAUCUCCAUUAAUGGCUUUUCUUCCCGCGGAGUCCAUCUUCAGAUCGACCCAUGAAGACAGCCAUAGCCAUUUCCACACUUCUUCACCAUGUGCUCCUCCUCAAGAUUUCCAUGGUGUGCCUGCAGAGUUCCUAAUGAGGAGAUCCAUGUCGUUUUCCGGCAUGGAUCGGGCGGCGGAAGAUCAUCAUCAUCACCAUUCUAAUCAUCAUCGUCUUCAUCAGGUCCAGCAAGACGACGAGGUGUCUGACGACGGGUCACAAUUAAUGCUGGGGGAGAAGAAGAGAAGACUGAACCUGGAGCAGGUUCGGGCCCUGGAGAAAAGCUUCGAAUCGGGCAACAAGCUUGAGCCCGAAAGGAAAAUGCAGCUGGCUCGGGCCUUGGGCCUGCAGCCCCGACAGGUGGCCAUAUGGUUUCAGAACAGAAGGGCCCGCUGGAAAACGAAGCAAUUGGAGAAGGAUUACGAUGUCCUUAAACGACAGUUUGAGGCUCUCAAGGCCGACAAUGAUGCCCUCAAAUCGCAGAACAAGAAGCUUCAAAAUCAGUUAAUGGGUCUGAAAACGACGACGUUUGGGGAUGGGAAGGGGAGGAUCAAUCUGAACAAGGAGAACGAAGGAUCGUGGAGCAAUGGUAGUGACGACAACGACAACGACAACAACAGUUGUGAGGUCAACCUGAACAACGCCACGUCAACGACGGACAGCGCAUUGUAUCGUCAUCAUCAUCAAAACAACGUUAACGACGCCACCGCCGCUGUUCUAUUUCCUAAUCCCGCCGCCGGCGAUCUGACGCAGCUACUCCAAACUUCAUCAAAUCCACGCAGCAGGGCAAGGGCAGAUCAUCAUCAUCAUAAUAAUAUUAUUAAUAAUUCUCUGCAAUUAUGCCAAAAUUCGAAGAUAGAAACUACUGCUACUACUACUACAGCAGCAGGUGAGGGUUUCGGGAACAUGUUUACAGGCAUUGAAGAAAACCCUGAUUUCUGGCCAUGGUCGGACCACCAAAACUACCAUUGAUAUGUAUGUAUAGGCGAUAUAUGAGGAAGUCCGUACGCUUUUGUCGAUAGGUGGAUGAUGUAAUUAAUGGUGAAAUGAAUUUGGCUGUGCAAGAAGGUUUUCUUGAUCAUCAGCUACUGAAAUCACUCAUCAUUGGGUCCCUCCCUCCCUCCCUCCAUCCAGUUAUAUAAUUAAUUAUUUAAUUUUCUUUAUUUAUUUUGGCA